AUGAAGGCCUUCAGUGUUGCAGUUGCAGUGGUACUCGUCCUUUCAUGUAUGUUCAUCCUUGAAAGCAACGCUGUUCCUUUCUCCGAGGUGCUAACGGAGGAGGUUGGAAGCAUUGACAGUCCAGUUUGGGAACAUCAACAGCCAGGCGGCGAGUCCAUGCGUCCGUCGGAGCAUUUCAGGUUCAAGCGUCAGAGCCACCUCUCCCUGUGCCGUUGGUGCUGCAACUGCUGUCACAACAAGGGUUGUGGCUUCUGCUGCAAAUUCUGAGGACCUGCCUGCAAUAAACCAUCUUAUUAACUUAUUGCCUUUAAUUUCCCCCCUAUUCUUCUACAUUUCCUUUGGACUCUGUGGAGAAGAUGCAUUCUCAUUGAUGUCUUUCUCACUGCAACC